AUGUAUAAAAUGGAGUAUUCUUACCUCAACUCGUCCGCCUACGAGUCGUGCAUGGCCGGCAUGGACACGUCCAGCCUGGCGUCGGCCUACGCGGACUUCAGCUCGUGCAGCCAGGCCGGCGGCUUCCAGUACAACCCCAUCCGGACCACGUUCGGGGCCACCGGCGGCUGCCCGUCGCUGGCGCCCGGAUCCUGCAGCCUGGGCACGCUGCGGGACCACCAGAGCGGCCCGUACGCGGCAGUGCCCUACAAGCUGUUCACGGAUCACGGCGGUCUGAACGAGAAGCGCAAGCAGAGACGCAUCCGGACCACCUUCACCAGCGCGCAGCUCAAGGAGCUGGAACGGGUCUUCGCGGAGACACACUACCCGGACAUCUACACGCGCGAGGAGCUGGCACUCAAGAUCGACCUGACUGAAGCCAGAGUGCAGGUUUGGUUCCAGAACCGACGGGCAAAGUUCCGCAAGCAGGAGCGUGCCGCCGCAGCCGCCGCCGCGGCCGCAAAGUCCGGUUCCGGCAAGAAGUCGGACCCGCGGGACGACGACAGCAAAGACGCCAAAUCCACCGACCCGGACAGCACGGGGGGCCCCAACCCGGUGCCCACCUCCAACUGCGGGGGUCCCAGCCCCACCGGCGUGCAGGUGAACGGCGGCGGCAACGGCGGACAGGCGGAAGCGAGCAAGGGCGUCGUGUCGUCCGGCAUGGGGGUGGGGGUGACGGGGGUCGGGGUGACUUCGCCGAGCCAAGGCUGGGCCGCCGCCCCGGGGACCAUCACCUCCAUCCCGGACUCGCUGGGCGGGCCGUUCGCCAGCGUGCUGUCGUCCUUGCAGAGACAGAACGGAGCCAAGGCUGCCUUAGUAAAAAGCAGCAUGUUCUAA